AUGUCAAUGUUCCACCCACUUCUGACGCGAGUAGGCAGAGACUCGGGAUUGUCCACCAGCCUCAGUUCAGCCUAUCAACUGUCUGAUUGGUCCAACCACUGGCCGGCUGACCGGCUGGCCGGUUGGCCGAUUGGCCGGUUGGCCGUCGAAGGGUUGACCGAUUCGGCAAGUCGCAGCGUCCAACUAUGCGGGAGAGUGGGCUUUCUCCGCUGGGCUCGGAUGUCCAUAAAGGCAUGGUUCGACGACUUAGUCGCGGUGUACAGACGAUAA